AUGGCGGCUGUAUUUGACAACGUGCUCAUCUCUACUUACUGUGAAGAUGACAGUAUUCAACGUAAAUCGAGCGAUCCGCAUAAGAUAGAGUUGGAAAAAAACGGCACAAACAUUGAACUUAAAAUAUGUAACGAUAACCAGGUGACAUGUAUUGUGCUGAAUCCCGACACUGAAGUAUGCCGAUUGGGAAAGCAGUCAGCUGUGGUCACCGAGGACCAAACAUCCAAUGUUCUCAGAUUUCCCUCCAUACAUGCCCUCAAGUCAUUCCUACAUCAGUUGAAAGAACUGCGCAGUGAUGCAAAGUCAGUUUUUCGAUCGCGAACAGAUGAUGCAUCAGCUGUGCAAUAUUUUCAGUUUUAUGGAUACCUGUCUCAACAACAAAACAUGAUGCAGGAUUACAUUCGCACCUCCACAUAUCAGCGAGCUAUGCUGGCCAAUGUUCCCGACUUCCAUGACAAGAUUGUUUUGGAUGUGGGGGCAGGAUCAGGCAUACUCUCCUUCUUUGCCAUACAAGCUGGUGCUAGGAAAGUGUAUGCUGUGGAGGCCAGCUCCAUGGCUCAACAUUGCGAGAGGUUGGUGCGUGACAACAAACUUGGAGGUCGGAUAAUUGUGAUACCGGGGAAAGUGGAGGAGGUGGAAAUUCCUGAAAAAGUGGACACUAUUAUUUCAGAGCCAAUGGGAUACAUGCUAUUUAAUGAGAGAAUGCUAGAAAGUUUUUUACAUGCCAAAAAGUGGUUAAAACCAGAAGGUAAAAUGUUUCCAACGUUAGGAGACUUGCACAUAGCGCCAUUCACAGACGAGGCACUGUUCAUGGAACAGUGCUCAAAAGCUAAUUUCUGGUAUCAGCAGUCUUUUCAUGGAGUAGACCUCACAAUUUUGCGGGAUGCCGCAGAAAAAGAAUAUUUCAAACAGCCGAUUGUUGACACAUUUGACAUAAGGAUAUGCAUGUCCAAGUCUGUCAAGUACACAGUGGAUUUUCAAACGGCAGAGGAGACGGAUCUGCACGUGAUUGAAAUCCCUGUCAGUUUUAACAUGUUACAGUCAGGCCUUGUUCACGGGCUCGCCUUCUGGUUUGACGUGGCUUUCCUAGGCUCAAGAGAAAAUAUCUGGUUGUCAACAGUCCCUACAGAGCCACUGACACAUUGGUACCAGGUGAGGUGUCUGCUACAGACGCCCAUCCUUGUCAAAUACGGACAGACGCUCACCGGCAAGGUUACCCUGCGCUGCAACAGCAAACAAAGUUAUGAUGUAGAUAUCGAGAUGAACGUGCCCGGAACUUCAGCCAAAUCUGUCAACUCACUGGACCUCAAAAACCCAUUUUUCCGUUACAAUGGUCAAGUACCAAUAGUGCCACCAGGCACAUCCAACCAGUCUCCAUCGGAUUUGUACUGGGUGACGGGCGGAUCAGGGGUCCAAGGUCAAAGCCAAGUUCAAGGUCACUCACUAGACCUGUCUGUUAUAGGUCAGGGAGGCUAUGUGAAUGGCACGAUGAAUGGAGGUCAGGAGGUGUCGAUGACCGCAAACCCGCAAAAUGUGGUCCAUGCCAACCUCAUUCCCCUCUCCAGUGCCCCCAUCAACCCUGGCAGUAUCCCCAGUGUUAUGAGUGUGGCCAACAACAGCAACGCCAAUCGGACCUCCGUUGGGGCUGGCAUCAGUCCAAUACACUUCAGUUCAACUCAGAAUGUGAUAUACGGGGGAACCACACACUUUCCUGUGAGCAACCAGUUCAUGAUUGGAGACUAUGUGAUGCCUGGGAAUGUGUUGACAUCAGGACAGUAUAAAAGCUCUGAGAUGGGUGGAGUGUGACGCUCUAAUGGGGAUUGAAGAGCUGGAACUAAGCCUUGGAGAGCUAAACUGUGUUCUAUAGUACUGGUACCACAAAGACUCCAGCUCCAGAAAGGCCUGCAGUCUUUACAGCCCUUCUAUGUUCACAACAGCGGUGUGACUUAUCUCCCCUUGAGAGGUGGACAUCCAUGGAAUUUCAACCUUGAAUCGCAAAUACUAGGAAUUCUACAUUCGGCUGCUAUGAUUAUGCUUUGAUUUUUUCGACACUUGAUGGUGAUUAAUGACAUUGUAACCAUGUCAAUUGCAAAAGAGCAAUUCACUAUAAGCUUGUGGUUAUAGCUCCUUAUCUCUUUUGUGAAGGGGUCUGUAAUUGUUCCUGCGAAUAACUAUUUUGUGUUUUUGUGGGUGCUUACUGAAAGUCUUGUGUACGCUCACUGGAGGUGUAUGAAAAGUGGGACAACCUACCUGAAAACAAUUAAAAUUCAACAGACUUCUCCCUCUUUAUGUCGACCAUCCUUGAAUAAUGCAUGUAAUAUUUACUUGGGGGUUUCUGUGUCAGAUGUGUAUUAACAAUUUUGUUGAAACAAGAAUUCAUCACCUGUUUGGUUUUCAGACUGAACAGAAAGUUUCAGCUAAGUGAAAGUAUACCCUAUGAAUUA